ACUCUGUCCGGGGGGGUGGGGGUGUUUAGAUAUGUUUAAACCCGCUGUUUUACCCGUCAGUGCCCCGCCAUGGACCCGCCUCUGCGAAAGAAGAGAAAAGGAAAGUAGCAAUGACAAAAAAAAAAAAAAAAAAAAAAAAAAAAACUGUAAACGAUAGGAGAACAAGACGAAGAAAGGAAGGGAAAAGAGAAAGAAAAAGCAGCACUCCCUCGUCUGUUCGCUUUUCUCACUCACUUCCUCACCUCCCCCUGUCUGUCUUGCUCUCUCCCUCUCCCUGUCCUUCACUCACUCACUCACUCUGUCUCUCCGUCGUUCACUUCACCAAGAAGAAGAAAAAAAAACCAUGAAGGAAAAGGAAGGACACUUCUCCGGACGCGUCGGAGUCGAGUGAAAGUUUUUGUCGAAGGAUAGAGGAAGCAGGAGGACGUGGACGGGAAGGAAAGACUCAAUUCAAGUGCGAUACGCGAAUCGAGCGAGCAUAUGGAGUCAUAAACUGUAACCGACUGGAACACAUUGUAACGAGCUCGCGUGCUCGUUCAUGUGUGACUCAGAGCUGAGCGACUUUCACACACUCGCUCCUCUUUCUUCUUCUUUUCUCCCGUCAAGUUCGCGCGGUCAUCACUGGAGUCGGAAACUCGGGUCAGGUUCCCUCCCAGAAAAGUGUGUGUGUGUGUGUGUGUGCGCGCGCGGGGGGGAAAGAGUGUGACAGUAGUGUGGAUCUGAGCGAGACGAGGACAGGCUGUUACAGCAGCCAUGGCCGGGGCGAAACCGGGAGUGCACGCGCUCCAGCUCAAACCGGUCUCCGUGCACGAAAUCCUCAAAACGGGAAGCAAGUUUAUCAAAUGGGACGAGCUCAAGGGUCCCUGGUCCCAUCCUAAGCUUGAGGUGCUGUCUGUGCAGAAUUUCUCGUGUGUCUGAGUGGGUUUCUUCAGAGUUCUCCAUUCUCCUCCCACCUGCCAAAGACAUACCGAGGGUGCUGGGGAGCCUGGACUCUAUCCCAGAGAACUCGGGACACAAGGUUUGGGACACCCUGGACGGAGUGCCAACCCAUCACAGGGCACAAUCACAGACACAUUCGUACACUACGGACAAUUUGGAAAUGCCAAUCAGUGUACAAACGCGUGUCUUUGGACUGGGGAGGAAACCAGAGUACUCAGAGGAAACCCCUGAAACAUGGGGAGAAUAUGGGAACUCCGCGCACACCGGACGCAGGACCCCAACAGCGGCCAGCCCACUCUGGUCACCCUGAAAGUUGACCCUGAGGGAUUCUUCCUCUACUGGUUCAGUGGAUCAAACGUGGAGACCGAGAUCGUGGACAUCAGCCAUAUCAGAGACACCAGAACAGGGAAGUUUGCCAAGAUACCAAAGGAUUCACGUGUGCGUGACGUGCUGGGCUUUGGAAAACCAGAGGGCAAUGCGGAGGCUAAGCUAGUAACAGUCGUCUACGGCAACGACCUGGUUAACCUCUCCUUCCUUAACUUCCAGGCCAUGGAGGUGGACAUUGCCAAGGUGUGGACUGAAGAGCUGUUUAAACUUGCCACAAACAUACUGUCCCACAAUGCCUCACGCAACACCUUCUUACUCAAGGCAUACACCAAGCUAACAGUGCAGGUCACCCAGGAUGGGAAAAUCCCACUAAAGAAUAUUCUGAAGCUGUUUUCUGACAAGAAGCGAGUGGAGUCAGCGCUGGAGCAGUUCAACCCAAUGGCUAACAGGGCAGACGGGAUCAAGCUGGAGGAGUUCACCUGGGAAAAGUUCCAGAGCUUCGUGAACAACCUGUCUGUGAGGCCCGAGAUCGACCGCAUCUUCGUGCAGCUUGGCUCUAAAGGGAAGCCCUUUCUAUCCCUGGAUCAGAUGUUGGACUUCAUCAACCGUAAGCAAAGGGAUUCGCGGCUGAACGAGGUGCUUUACCCACCUCUCAAGCGAGAGCAGGUACGACAGCUCAUGGAAAAAUACGAGGCUAACGCCCGCCAGCUGGAAAGAGACCAGAUCUCUCUAAUGAGUUUCAGUAAAUAUCUGGGAGGAGAGGAAAACGCAGUGGUUCCCUCCGAGAGGUUCGACAUCAUGGACGAUAUGACCCAGCCGCUGUCUCAUUAUUUUAUCAACUCUUCGCACAACACCUACCUCACAGUGGGUCAGUUAACAGGUCUGUCCUCAGUGGAGAUGUACAGACAGGUUUUGCUCACCGGGUGCCGUUGUAUCGAGCUGGACUGCUGGAAAGGUCGUCCACCUGAUGAGGAGCCCAUUAUUACACACGGCUUCACCAUGACAACCGAAAUCCCCUUCAAGGAGGUGAUUGAAGCCAUCGCUGAGAGUGCCUUUAAGACCUCUCCUUACCCCCUCAUCCUGUCCUUCGAGAAUCAUGUCGACUCUGCACGGCAGCAGGCUAAGAUGGCGGAAUACUGUCGUUCCAUAUUUGGUGACGCGUUGCUCAUCGAUCCUUUAGAGAAAUACCCGCUGGUCCCAGGUCAGCCUCUGCCCAGUCCUCAGGAGCUGUUGGGGAAAAUCCUGAUAAAGAACAAGAAGAAGCAUCACUACCGCACAGCUAACGGAGGCAGUGUCAGACGCAAGGAGGGAGCAGACGAGCAGGGCUCAUCUCUUAACGAUGCGCCAUUGCCUGAAGGGGAGACAAGCCAGAUCAUGUCCAAUGGGGGCGAGAAGCUUGCAGAGAGGAUGAGCAAAGACAUUGACAUGCGGAAGUCCAUUGAUCGGGGAGAUGGGGAUAGUGAUGACGAGGAGGAGGAAGAGCCAGUGGCAGACCCCAAAAAGCACCAUUCAGAUGAGGGAACAGCAUACAGUGAAGUCAAUGCUACAGAAGAGAUGUCCACACUGGUCAACUACAUUGAACCAGUCAAAUUCAAAUCCUUUGAAGCAGCAACCAAAAGGAACAAGUAUUUUGAAAUGUCAUCCUUUGUGGAGACCAAAGGCAUGGACACACUGAAGAAUUCCCCCAUUGAAUUUGUGGAAUACAAUAAGAAGCAGUUGAGUCGGAUCUAUCCCAAAGGCACGCGCGUGGACUCCAGUAACUAUAUGCCUCAGCUUUUCUGGAAUGUUGGCUGCCAGAUGGUGGCGCUAAACUUCCAGACUCUCGAUCUGCCUAUGCAGCUAAACAUGGGUGUGUUCGAGUAUAACGGCCACAGUGGCUACCUGCUCAAGCCUGAGUUCAUGAGGCGCGCAGACAAACACUUUGACCCCUUCACUGAGAACAUAGUGGAUGGCAUCGUGGCUAAUACUGUCAAGAUCAAGAUUAUGUCCGGUCAGUUUCUGACUGAUAAGAAGGUGGGUGUGUAUGUUGAGGUGGACAUGUUUGGACUGCCUACUGACACCAAGAGGAAGUACCGCACCAAAACCUCUAAUAACAACUCGAUGGACCCCGUCUGGGAGGAAGAGCCUUUCGUCUUUAUUAAGGUGGUGUUGCCCACACUAGCAUCACUAAGAGUAGCUGUCUUUGAAGAGAAUGGGAAGUUCGUAGGCCAUCGGAUCUUACCAGUGGUGGCUUUACGUUCAGGAUACCAUUACAUUAAUCUGAAGAAUGAGCUCAAUCAGCCACUCCUGCUAGCCUCUCUCUUUGUAUACACUGAAGUUCAGGACUACAUUCCCAAUGAGCACCAAGAGUAUGCCGAGGCUCUGACCAAUCCAAUCAAGCAUGUGCUGGAUCAGAGAGAGAGGCAGCUGGCUGUUCUCAUUGAGGACAACAACGAGGUCAAUAAGCGAGUCCACGUAAAGCCAGAUGAAGGAGAGAAACCGGAUUUCAGCAUUUCACCUAAUGUUGAGUGCACGUUCAUUUUGCCUCCAGCGCCCCUCCCACCUGCGGUGGCUGAAGUAUUGACUGCUCCAGCCCAGAAAGAAGACCUGGUCCUCAAUAUAUUAACAGUGGUAGAGCCUCAGUCCAUUGAAGAGCUGAAGCAGCACAAGUCCUAUGUGAAAUUGUUGAAGAAACAGUGCAAAGAACUGAAGGAGCUCCGCAAGAAGCACCUCAAAAAGGUGUGGGCCCUCAGUAAGGAGCAGAAGAUGAGAUGCAACCAGCUGAACUUGGACAUACAGAGACGCAAGAGUCAAGUGGAGAAAAAGCUGCGGCUCAGCGUGAAGAAAAAUGAGCCUGAGGAGUCUGUGAGGACUGAGCUGAGUGCUCUGGAGGUGGAGCUGGAAAAGCAGACCGUGCAACUGAGAGAGUGGCAGAUGCAGGAGCUACUUGAACUGCGAAAGAAACAACAUCAGCUGGAAAGAGAAAAGAAAUAUGCUCAUCUUGAAGAGUCGUUUAAGAAACUAAAAGUAGUCGCUGAGGAUUGCCAGAUAAACCAGAUCAAGAAACUCAAGGACAUAUGUGACAAAGAGAAGAAGGAGUUGCAGAAGAUUUUAGACAGAAAAAGGCAGAACAGCAUUAUUGAAGCCAAGAAGGGGGAUAAAGACAAGGCUGAGUCGGAAGUGAACGAGAUAAAUAAAAAGCAUAUCCAGGACUCCGUGAAUUCACUGCGCAAGUUGGAUGAAACUCAGGAGAAACGGCAGGAGAAGCUGAAGAACCAGCAGAGAGAGCUCUUACAGAAAAUAGACGAGGAGCAACCACUGCACCGGCUACGAUUGGAGCGCGACUGCGACGCCGAGCUCGAGCGCUUACCCGAGGAGAUCUGCUGCUACCUGCAGGGCGAGCUAGAGAGCAAAGGCCUGCGCAACGAUGCCCUGUUGGGCCAACUAUCCAACCACAACAGUGCUGGCUCGGGCCCACCCUCCAACUGCAGCACGCCCCCUUUCAACUCGCCCUAUCACAACUCAAGCCUGGAUAACAGCACAGCCUCGCUGGGCGACUCCUCAUCCUCCAGCACCAUCACGUCUGAAUCGGAGCUCACGGCCAUCUAACUCCUACUUUAUCACUCCUGUCUCAUCAUGCCAUUUUUCUCACUGGAUUACGGUGAUAGAAGUAGUAUUACUGAAAGGUGUUUAAAUGUUUUUAAAGGAUUUCAGUAAUGUUUUAUUUGUCACAUACCCCCUUUGUAGUUCGCAUCUUUUUUUAAUUUUUUAAUUAUUUUUUUUUUCUUUUAACCAAAGUUCUUUUGGAUUGUUCUCUUGCUUUAACCAUAAAAUAUAUACCCAUGUCUGUGUUAAGCACUUGUGGAAUGGAGGGAAAGUUGUUUGUUUUGUUUUUAAACAAGAGAGACUCUUAUUUAUUUCUGUGGUAUGAUAUGAUGGAGAUGGGAGCGUUCACUGUAGUGCUCUGCAUUGUCCAGCAGGUGGCAGUGUGGCUUUAGUGGUGGAGUGAGUUUAGUGACUGGGAGUUACGAACGCAAGGCGUAAUCUGAAUGGUACUUGUUUACAUAAUAAUGCACAGAUGGGCAAUCCUAUAAGCCAGGCCAUCAUCUCUCCUCCCUACGGGACUAUAAAGUUAAUUCCCACUGCAUAUUUCUGCAGCGUCCGAAACACAUCACCGUAAUUGAUAUUGUGUGUGUGUGUGUGUGUGUGUGUGUGUGUGUGUGUGUGUGUGUGUGUUUGGUGGGCCUUGGGGGGUGCAAGAGAAAGAUUAUGGAUGUGAUGAAUAUUGUUUUGUUUUUGUCUUUUUCCAGUAAUGCAUAGUUCCCCCUCCCCCGUCUCCCCCAUCCUCCUUUAUCCCACCAUCACUCCAUAUAUAUGUCUCUCUCGUUCCUUACAGCUCUGUGUGCGGUGUGGCUUAAUCUAAUCCCUGCUCUAAUUCUGUGUGUAAUUGGUGUGCCAAUCCCAUGCACUGCACUUCCAAAACCACUUCCGUUCAGGAAACUGGACGUUGUUUCUGUUGUUCAUGUCAACUCUUCACACUCUGAAUAAUUCGCUAAUUCCUGGUGCUUGGUUUAAUAGAAUGUGAAGCUAGAAGAGUGUGUGGUAUGAGGGGUCAGGUGUAGCCAGUUUUAGCCAUGUUACCGUACAUACAUGAACGUGCAGUACGUGUGUAUACGUUUAUAGGGUUCAACUCGUUUUAUCUUAGAACUUUUAAUGUAUUCGCAUUUUAGGUUGGGUCUCAAAUGGGGAUCUGGUUUUUCUGAACCUGUAGUUCAUCUCCAUUAUGCUUUCUUCUUCUCGCUGGCAAUUCAAAGAGGCUCCAGAGACGGCAGGUCAUAUUUCCUCAUCGGCCCGUAUAAAUGAGGGCUCUGGAUCGGCCAGACGACUUAUUACAAUUGCACUUUUGGAUGGAAUGGGGUUGUUUACUAUGAAUGGGGGAAAAAAUAAGCCAGUAGGCUACAGAAUUCCAAUUGCAGGGAGGCAGAAUAUAGCAGCUUCAACAGAUGUGUUUUAGAAAUGAAGGGAUACAUCAAUCCCACAUGGGGCUGCCACUAGCUUGAACCUAUGGAUUAGUGUUGAAUCGGAUUUGACAUAGUUACCAAUCUGUUCCACGCGUAUUUAUAUCGUGCUCCAUCACGCCCUGUUGUGUUUCACAUCACAUUGCAACAGAUCCUCACUCCCCGCCCCCCAGCCCCACCCCCACCCCACCCCACCCCAGAGAAUCAGCUUGGUUACUUAGAGCAUGCUAGUAUCAGAUUAGUUAGAAAUUGAUGUGAAAAUGAAAAAAUGGGAUAGGUACAUCUUUAUGGAAAACCUUUGGAUAUUUUAAGCUAGCCAAAAAUGAUUUCUAACAAUAUGUUGAUUACAAUAUGCUUAGUGGUUAGCGAAUUUGCCUCGCACCUCCAAUGGUUCAAACCCUGACUCCACCCUGUGUCCACAAAACUUGCAUGUUCUUCCUGUGCUUCGGGGGUUUCCUCCGUGUACUCUGGUUUCCUCCCCCAGUCAAACGACAUGUAUUGUAGGCUGAUUGGCAUUUCCAAAUUGUCCGUAGUGUGUGAGUCUGUGUGUGAUUGUGCCCUGCGAUGGGUUGGUACUCCGUCCAGGGUGUCCCCCGUUUUGUGCCCGGAGUUCCAUGGGACAGACUCCAGGCUCCCCUGUGUAGGAUAAGCGGUAUGGAAAAUGGAUGGAUAGAUGUUGAUUACAACAUGUGUCAUGCUUUGCACAUAUUUUUCACUUGCAUAGUAAACCAAAAGUCUAGACUGAAUAGUCUGUCUAGCCUGAGCCUCUGUUUCCAACCUGUGAGCACACUCUCAUUCCCUAAAAUCCCUGCACCUUUUCCUCUUGUCCUCAGUGUUGUUCUCUUGGUUAGCGGAAACCGUGGAUGCGUUCUGACUCGUGGACAGAUGGCCGAGCUCCAGCGAGCUCUCUAGGCCGACACUUCCACUCCACCCACUGUACCAAAGUCAAAAACACACUGCUCCAUUGCUUUUUAAUCACAAUCGAAUGAGCUCCUGUAACGCAGUGACAGUCCGAGUGUGAUAUGGGCCCUAAUGGAGCGCUUCCACACUUCAUUAUGAGAGAAGGAUCAGACCUUGCAGUGUGUGAGAUUCUAAGUGGUAAUGUGCGCAGUUAGUGUUAGUAGCUAUUACCGGGACCAUUUGUUUGGGAUGAUUGUUGAGUAAAUAAUGUUGGGACGGUGCAGGCAUUACUAGCUCACACUGAGAGGGGAAAAGCUUGUUGUAAAUUUUGAAGAAUAUAAAGUGUACGCUCUGUGUGUGGGUGUGUAUGUGUGAGAGAGAAUGUAUGAGGAUGCAGUGGAGCGCUUGAGCUCUACAGGCCACCUUGAGGUCUUUAUUAUGUUAGUAUGGGGUGUUUAAAGCUUUAAAAUUCUAAACAGGAGCAAUGGUACUUUUUGUCAAGUGCUGUCUAAUGAUGUACGAUGAGGAUCAUUGUUGUACAUGUUGAUUUUUAAAAAGACUUUGAUUUGUGUAUCUGAUAUGGUCUGGACAUGUAUUGUUAUGUCAGACUAGUGAAAUAUCAAUGAUUACAGUGUGUCUGGAUCGUAUUAAUCAGACGUAUGUAGUUUUAUGUGUAUUCUACUACUGACUAGAGUUGGGGAUAAGGAUAAUAUCAGCUGCGUGUCUGUGUGAGUUCUUGUGAAUAUGGUUUUACACCUGAUUAGAAACUUCAUAAUAUGUCAAAGAUGUCGGGCAUCUAAGGGAUUGUCCCCAAGUUUCCACACACACACUGAUCAUUUCCUUAACCCCUCAAACUGUCGUCUGCUGCCUGUCUGUCUAAGCAGAAAAACACCUCGAUAUGAGCACCCGAACAUGCUCAUCUAUCUGUUUUUAUUAUUUUACACAUUUUAUCUCAAGUCGUACCUGGCACAGAUGAUAUUCAUCCUCUAAACUUGGUCCUCGCUUCACCUCACCUCUGUAUUUAACUAUGCUAGUGACACUAAAGUGAGCAUGUAUUUCUUACAAAGUGAGGACCUUGUAAAUCUUUUACCUUUUUAUAUUUUAUGGACAAUUCCCUAAAUUCAUUCAUACUCCUAUUUACAUAUUUACCCAUGUCCUUAUUGGUGCACUUUUAUGUUCUCUUUGGUUUUUACAGCUUUUAUGUACAACCCCAAUUCCAAAAAAGUUGGGGCGCUGUGUAAAAUGUAAAUAAAUGUAAAUAAUAACAGAAUGCAAUGAUUUGCAAAGCUCAUAAACCUAUAUGUUCUUCACAAUAGCACAUAAAAAAACAUAGCACAUGUUUAAACUGAGUAACUGUCCCAUUCUAAGAAAAAAAAAAAAGGUUAUUUUGAAUUUCAUGGCCGCAACACGGGGCAAAAAACAGGCUGGAAAAGUAAAUGUUAGUAAAAAAAAACAACAAAAAAACAAAACUGAAUGUUAAUUGGCAACAGGUCAGUAUCCUGACUGGGUAUCUUUGCAUGAUAGAGCUUUAACCAGCGUUUGUGGAUGGUACGGUGAACUGUGUUCACAGACAGUGAGUUCGGGAGGUGUUUCUGAACCCAUGCAAUGAUUUCCAUUACAGAAUCGUGCCUGUUUUUAAUGCAGUGCUGCCUGAGGGCCUGAAGAUCACGGGCAUGCAGUAUUGAUUUUCACCCUUGUCUCUUCCUUGCACACAGAGAUUUCUCCAGAUUCUCUGAAUGUACUGUAGAUGAUGAGAUAUUCAUAGUUUUCACAAUUUUACAUUGAGGAACAUUAUUCUGAAAUUGUUCCACAAAUUGUAGAUUGAUGAACCUCUGCCCAUCUUUACUUCUGAGAGACUCUGCCUCUCUAAGAGACUCUUUUUAUACCCAAUCAUGUUACUGUCCUGUUGCCAAUUAACCUAAUUAGUUGCAAAAUGUUCCUUCAGCUGUUUCUUUUUAGUAACACUUACUUUUCCAGCCUUUUGUUGCCUCCGUCCAAACAUUUUUUGAGACAUGUUGCGGCCAUCAGAUUCAAAAUGACCUUUUUUUUUUUUUUUCUUUAAACCAUAUAUUCACUCCAUAUAAACAAAAGUUUGAUAUGUUUUCUAUGUUCUACUGUGAAUAACAUGAGUUUAUGAGAUUUGCAAAUCAUUGCAUUCUGGUUUUAUUUACAUUUAUUUACAUUUUACACAGUGUCUCAACUUUUUUGGAAUUGGGUUUGUAUUAGAAAGAUAUUGCAAGCAGAUUUUUAUAUCGAUCCUUUAGAUCCAGGUACAGUAGUCGGUACAGUGUGCAAGUAAAUAUUUCAGUUUUGAUUUUGCCCAGUGAUUACUUUGUCUGAAAAAGAGAGCAGGGGUUGAGUAAUACUGUGGAAUUAUUUUUAUUUACUAAAUAUGGAGUUUAGUGCCACAGCAUAUUCAGCUUGUAUGGUGAACAUAAACACUUUGCCAAGGGCUAAUUUUAUUUCGCCUCAAGUCGCAGCUUUAACCAAGUAUAUGUGGUAUAUGUUUUUCUGCUUUUCCACUGUCUCUCUCUUUCCAUUAUUCUUUUCGUUCGGUAUCUUUCUUACUGAAACACUGUAUGUAGAGAACGUACUGCUUUGCCUUGUGAAAGGGAAAAUCAUUACUUUGGAUGUAAUUUUUAUUUCCUCAAUAAAUGAUAUACUUAACUGUACAUUCAAUAAAAAAAACGAAUUUUGUCAAGA